AUGGCAGCUGAGAAGACACGCGAAAGGAUCAUACUUGCGCAGAAGUACAUCACCAUACAUGGGCGAGGGAGUGUACUUAGUAGUGGCGAGAGGAAGAUGGUAUUAACAGUGUUUGGUAAUUUACUAUCCGAGUCAACAUCUUCACUCCGAGAAGUAGCAGAGCGGACAGCCGUUUUAACGGGGACAAGCAGGGCGACGGUGGAGCGUAUACGGAAGGAAGCAGAUGAAGGGAAAAUUGUAACACCUGGUAAAAAGCGACCGAGAGCGAAAGGCACCAAGACGAGGAUGAAAAAAACAUCAGACUUCACAAAAAUUGGAAUCCGACGCAUAGUGCACGACAUGUUUAGACGGAACAGACCUCCCACGUUGGCAGCGAUAACAGAGAAGGUGAAUGAAGAUGAUAGUUUGCCAGCAAUGAGCAAAGCAACAGUUCAUCGUCAUAUAACUGAUCUUGGAUUUGUAUAUGAACGCCGGUCUCGACGAUCAAUGUUUAUUGAAAGGGACGAUCUUAUUAUUUGGAGGAGGAAGUAUUUAAGGGACAUACGAAAAUACAGACGUGAAAAUAAACCUAUUUAUUACCUGGACGAGACAUUUUUGAACGCGGGACACACUGUGAAGCAUGCAUGGAGACCAUCGUACAUCAAAUCCGCACGGCACGCUGCGUUGGAGGGCGAAACAACAGGACUGAAAAACAUCCCAGGACGUGGUGGGCGAUUGAUCGUUGUUCACAUUGGAAAUGAAAAUGGGUUCCUGAAGGAAGCAAGUGAAGAGCUAGUGCAAAACGACGUGAGGCUGAUUUUCCAAGGGAAGAAAAACAAAAGGCGGCUUGGAGGGGUAGACUAUCACGAAGAAAUGAAUUCUGCUUGUUUCGAAAAUUGGUUCGAGAACAAGGUCCUUCCAAACUUACCACCUAGCAGCGUCAUUGUAAUGGACAAUGCCUCCUACCAUUCAAGAACACUAGAGAAAUUUCCAAAUAUGAGCUGGAGAAAAGACGACAUCCAACAGUAUUUGACGACUAAAGAAGUGGAAUGGACGACCACGUUAGUAAAAGCUGAACUUUUACAGCUGGCAGAACCAUUUCGAUCAGCAUCAAAAAAAUAUGUAGUUGACGAGAUGGCCGCGGAAGCUGGACACACAGUUUUAAGGUUGCCUCCUUACCACUGUGAUUUAAAUCCAAUUGAAUUGGCAUGGGCAAAUGUUAAGAACAACGUAGCGUUGCACAAUGUUUCGUAUAAGUUACAAGACGUCGAAGAAAUGUUAAACAAUAACAUAUCAAAUUUAUUGCCCGAAACAUGGAGGAGCUUUGUGGAGCACAUUAAGAAAGUAGAGGAUUCAUUGUGGGAACUUGACAAUGUUGUGGACGAGAUUACGGAUGAAAACCGCAUUGUUGUGAACAUCGGCAACUCAAGUGAUUCGGACACAGACAGCAAUAGCGAACUUGAAGAAGAUGACAUCCUGGCCGAAGAACUUCCUGCUGAGUAA